AUGCCCGUAUCCAUGGGGCUGCCGGGUCUGGUCCUGCUCUGGGUGCUGGUGACAGCGACUUCCAGUAAAAUACAGAACUCGUUGGUGGGGCAGGCGGCCUCCUGCAUGACUUCCUGCACAGGAUCAGCUGAUGCCCACCUCCCUGUGGGCACCAGAUACACCUAUCGCUUUUCCACCAACACCAGCACCGGCCUGCAGGGUGCCCAGGUGGAGGGGAGUGGCCUCGGCCUCCAAGGCUUGGUCACCCUGGAUGUGCUUGGCCCUUGCCAGAUGGCCUUACGGCUCCAUCACUUCCAGGUGACAUCCAUCCUGGGGUCCAAGGUGGAAAUUCUGAAGGAGUCAGAGAGUCUGAGUGCGGCCCUGGGCCGUGUGCCGCUGGGUUUCAUCCUGCGCGCAGGGCGGGUGGUCCGCCUCUGUCCCAGCCUUGCCGAGCCGCGCUGGGUGCUGAAUGUGAAGCGCGCCGUGCUGAGCCUCCUGCAGGGUCGCCCAGGUGCCCGUGGCCCCCACAUCGUCGAAGAGGUGGAUAUCCUGGGCCGGUGUCCCACCGCCUACCAGCAGCGAGGAAGUGGGUUGCACAAGACCAAGGACCUGACCCAAUGCUCCCUGCGCAGGGCGCGCGCCUCCCUGCGCUCCCAGGCCCUGCCCGCUGCUCAGCCGGGCCUGGCCUCCCGCCUGACCUGCGUCCAGAGUUUCCAGGCUGGCGCGCUGAGGGAGGCCUCCUGCACGGAGCUGGACACCGCAGGCCCCCUCUCCGGGGGCGCCAGUGCUGUGCAGAUGUGGACCCUUACCUCGCUCACCCUGCUGCAGGAGGUGCCCCCGGAUCCAGCUGUCGCAGCACGUCCCAUCUCAGAUCUAGACGAUAGCGACCUGACGCCGAGCAGCCUGUCGUACGAAUGGGAGGAGACCCUGUCCCAGGCUACCGUGGCCACCGUGGUUGCAUUGAUGAGAAAGCUGUGCCUGGCUCAGACCACAAGCUUUGAGGCUGCAGAGCUGUCCCUGACGCUGGUGUCUGAGCUGCGGGGCCUCUCCUCGGAGGAGCUCGUGGAACUCUGGGGACAUUCUGCUUUUAAAUGCCGGGACAACGGGCAACCGCUGGUGGACGCCCUGCCCUCCUGUGGCACCGAGCCCUGCGUGGGCCUCAUGGCGGAGCUCAUCGUGGCCGGGGAGGUGGAGGCGGAGGAGACGGAGGCGUGGCUCUGGUCGCUGGCCUUCAUCCCGCAGCCCACAGAUGCCAUGGUCCAUGCCCUGCUGCCACUGCUCCAGACCCCCGGGACCAGCCCCAGCGCCUUCCUGGGCAUCUCAGCUCUGGUGCACAACCUCUGUGUGUCUGUGGACGGGCCCUGCGGGCAGCUGCCUGGUGUUGGCUCCCUCGUGAGGAUGCUGGGAGAGGCCUUGGGCACCAACUGCACCUGCCAGGAGCCCUUGGACAGUGGCCAGGUCCAGCUUGUGCUGAAGGCCAUUGGCAACGCCGGCCUGGCGGCCACAGCUCUCACCCCCACACUGAGCGCUUGUGCGACCCUGAGGAGCUGCCCCCCUGAGAUCCGGCUGGGGGCCAUCCAGGCCUUCCGGAGGGUUCCCUGCUCUGCGGACCGGUCCGUGCUCUCCCGCCUGUACCAAAGCCCUGAGGAGGAUGCUGAGAUCCGCAUCAACGCCUACCUGGCCCUGAUGAGGUGCCCUGACGAGGGGGUGUUUGCCCAGGUGCAGCGUACCCAGGCAGAAGAGCAGUCCACCCAGGUGGGCUCCUUCGUGUGGAGUCACCUCCUGCAGCUGCUGGAGACGGACGACCCCCUGAAACGGGCCCUCCGGGAGGCCAUCCCCAAGAGCAUCCUCAGCCGAGAGUUCCAUCCGGAGACCUGGAAACAUUCAUCCUAUUCUGACGUCACCUUCCGCUCAGUGUCGGGCAGCCUGGGAGCCAACCUGGAGGGGAUCCUUCUCUUCUCCCCAGCCUCCUUCCUCCCCCGUUCUGCCACGGCCAACCUGACCAUCCACGCCCUUGGUCGUGCCUUCAACCUCCUGGAGCUGGGACUCCGCCUAGAAAAUGCCGAGGAAUUGGCCCGCAGGCUCUUUGGUCCGAAGUCUGUCCCGGGGCAGGAAGAGGAGCCACGGGCCCAGUCUGAGAAGCCCCCAGAGCCAGAACCACGGCCCACACCAAAGCCGGCCGACCCUGCCUGUCCAGAAGAAAGGUCCAGAAAGCUGAGAGACCUCCAGCGGAAGGUGGCCCAGAGGCUUGGGGAGCGGCAGAUGCUGCGCUGCGAGCUGAGCGUGAAGGUAUUGGGGCAUGAAUUGAGCUUCGUCAACUGCGGGGUGACAGGGAACCACAUGAAGCAACAGUCCCUGAACCUGGCCGAGUUUGCUGUCAAGCUCCUGAAGGGGCAGGAGGUGCAGGUGAAGCGGAGGCUGACCCUGGCAGUGGAGGAGCUCACUUUUCCCACCAUGUCCGGCCUCCCUGCCCGGCUGACCCUCAACGCCUCGGCGACCAUCAGCAUCCGGGUCCGAGGGACAGCCGACUUCCAACAGCGCUCGGAUCUCUCGGUGAAUGGUUAUGUCAAGCCCAGCGCCCUGCUCCAGAUCUCAGCACAGAUGGGCACUGUAGGCACCUUGGGACAGGCUGGGCUGAGGUGGGUGACCGGCCUCUGUGGCACCGCCAGCCUGGAUGGUGGGAUCCAGGCGAGGAAGGGCCGAGACCUCCGUGUGCAUCUGAACACGCCCGAGGAGGCCGUGGAGCUGCUGCGCUUCAGCUCUCGGCUGUAUCUCGUCACUCACGAUGGUGCAAGGAACCUCAGUCACGUUCACGGCCCUUCCGAGGCCCGAUCCUGUACCGACAAGGAAGUGUCCCGCACUUGGGGCUGGCAGCUGUGCACUGAGGUGACGUGGCCGGUGGCCGGUCAGCCCUACCUGCUCUCUGUGCCUGUGUUCGCGGCUGUGAUGCUGAAGAAGCAGGACCGGGGGCUCCAUCAGUAUCGGCUAGAAGCCGCCUACACCCUCCACCCCCAGAAGGACCACUGGCUCCCCCAGGAAGCCUCAGGCCACCUCUUCAUGGGCACGCCCAGGUCGGAAGUGCCCCGGGACGUUGGGGUGGACGUCAGCUACAGCUGGCCCCGGAGGACGUUCCGGCUCAAGCUCCUCCAUCCCAAGAAGAAAAUUGAGCUGGACGGAAAGCUCGAGACCCUCCAGGAUGCUCACAUGGGUCACCUGGAACUCAUCCUGGACGACAGGCAUGUCUACUACAUCAAGGGCCGGAGCAACCUAUGGCCAGCAGCGGGUGGUGAGGCCCAGCGGUUCGAGGCCCAGCUGGAGGUGAAACUGGUGACAGCAGGCAGCCCUGUGGUCCUGGCCGGGAACCUCAGCCGGCAAGUGGGCCGCAGGUUGGCCUUCUCCGUAUCCCUGAGCAACCUGCUGAGUGACCGGGCCCACGUGUCAGUGCUGCUGGAGAAGAAGGCGGAGCACGGGGUGCAGGUGGUGGCCCUGGGCGGCGAGCUCCUCCUGCCUGGGCUCGUGGGGCUGCGGGCCCUGGGCCGCCUGCAGCAGCGGGGCCACCUCUGGACCAGCUCCCUGAGGAUCAAGUACGGCCUCCUGGGUCACGCAAAGCAGCUGGCGCAGGAGUGCAGCACCAGCCAGAGGCUGCAGGCAGAGAACGGCCCAGAGGCCGCCUACAAGCUGGAGCUGGACCACGAGCUUCACUGCACGCAGAUCCCAGCAUGCAGCCACAAGGUCCGGCUCCAGCACGAGGAGGGCUCUGGCCACCUGCACUUGCAGCUGGAGGCGAGCUACGGCAGGCACUGGGGUGACAGCAGCAACAAGAGGCGCCUCCGCAUCAGCCAGACCUUCCAGAACGACUCGGGCCCAGCCCUGAGCAAGUACUUCAUGGAGUUUGUGCUGCAGGUGCCCGAAAAGCAGGUGGAUUACCGUAUGCAGCUGCACCACCUGAGCCUCCGCUGGCCCCACGUGGAGAGCAGCACACACCUGAAGGUGCAGGACAAUGGGCGGCUCCCCUUGGUGGCAGGCUUGCAGUGGAAGGACACAUCCAGGGUCACUCUGUGGAAGUGGGAAGGAGCCUUGAACUUGGAUAGUCCGUGGCUGAUGGUCUCCAUGGCUCAUAGGCUGUACUGGCCCCACCGAGCCACGUUCCAGGCUGUGUUGGAGCUGACGCUGGGCAAAGCCUGGACCCUCAAGAAUUUGGUGAUGAACGUGGCCUGCAGGAGCCAGGGCCUCUACAGGGCGGGCAAGAUCCACAUCUACACCCCCGCCACCACCUACCUCCGGGUUUCCACAGUGACAGCUUUGGCACAGAGCCUCUUUCACAGCCGGAGUGAAGUAGAAUCAGCCUGGAGUGCAGCCCUGCACAGUGAGAUCCAUGCUGAGAACAGCCAGGACCGUAAGAUCCUCCACUGCUGGUUGAAGGGUCCCCAGCGGGAGCUGAACCUCACAGCGGCCUACAGGCAUGUGGAGCCGCCCUGGAAGAGCCACUUGUCACUGACGGCUCUGGGGGCCAGUGCCGGGGGCCAGCCUCAGGGCCUGCAGGUGGAGGGUGAGCUGGAGGAGCUGACACGGGACAGGAGGUCGUACCAGAAGCGGGGGACCUUCCUCCUGAGGCACCUGCUGACUCUGCCCAUCCCCCAGAGCAUCCUCCUGCAGGAGACCUUCGUGGCGGACGGGCAGCUCCAGCGUUACUCCCUGGAGACGAGGGUCGUCCUGGAUGGCCAGGAGGAGACCCUGCAGACCGUAGUCCUGGGCUACCAGGCUGGGCACCCCUAUGUCUGUGCCGGCCUGACCCACCCGUACAAUGGCACGGCUGUCCCCAGGAACUUGGAGGGGUGCGUGGUCACUUGGAAUCAGCGCGUGGCUAAGAACAGGGACAUCGAGGCCACUCUGAAAGUCAACCAGAAAGUCUUGCUGCACCUGAAGGGUCUGCAUCACGACAGAUCUCAGCGCGGGGACAUCUGGCACAGCCUGGCCCUCGAUGUGGCUCACUCCUUCCAGCUGAGGUUCCCCCAGGCCCUGAGUUUGGAUGCAGACGUUGUCCUCAGACGGAGUCCCCAGGGAGCAUUUGACUGCCAUGUGGAUGCCCGGGCUGCAGUGGACCACAAUGUCACAUCCCAGGUCUCAGUCCGGCUGAACCAGUCGGACUCCCACUUGGUGUUUUACCUCCAGCUCAGGCAUCCCCAGGGCCCACCAUUUCCUCCAAACUUACAGGUGCAGGCGGCUGCCGGGCGCCCCAAAGAGCGCAGCCUCAAUGGCUCCCUGUCUGUGCACGUGUCUGGCGAGGAGCUGGUUCUGCUGGAGGCCAACGCCAGCCAGGAUACCUGGAGAAGCAGCCGGGGCUGGGGUCUGAGCGUCCUCCUCCGCCAGGAGGUUCUCAGAGCCCCCAAGGCUGUUCAGCUGCAGCUGUCCGGCAAGGUCACCCCAGCCAGGAUUUGGCUGUUUUCCAAGGCUCUGGUGGACCGCAACGCAGUGCAGCUUUUCCUCAAGGCAACUGAAGAGCAGAGGCGAGGUCGCGUCCUGACCCUGCAGAGCCAAGCCCAGCACGCAGUGGCUGCCUGGGCAGCCGUGCCCCGUCUUCUGACCCUGAGGGGUGUGCUGAAGCAGAGGGAGAUGCUCAGAGAGGGUACCGUCAAGGUCACUGCCGACUCAGCUCUGCUGGGAUUCCUCCUGCGGGACAAGUAUGAGAAGGCAGGGAACGGCACCAACGUGCACAGUGUGACCUGCAUCCUCGCCCAGAAUGGCAGCCAGGCCUUGCCAGGAGAGCUCCGUCUGAGGGGGCAACUGCAGGCCCAGACAGGGAGCCUUGGGGGCCAUGCCAGCAUCCGCGCUGACGCAGCCAGCCUAGCUCUGGGUGGGGUCUGCGCCUGGGGCCCUGAGCACAGCCAGCUCUCCGGCAGCCUGAGCCACAACCUUAGCACCUUGAGUGAAGCAGGACUCCCCUCGGAGGCGGGGAUGCUCCUGUCACUCGCCCACACGGCUUCCAACGUCUCAGUGCAUGUGAUGCUGCAUAGUGCGGAGGGUCAGCUGGAUGCCGUCCUUGGCCUGGAGGGCCCGGUCACGAGUGCCCCCGGCAGCCAGCUCCGCGCAAGCCUUGGCCAUACGGUGCCCUGGCUCAGGCGCUGGGGCCUCCCCUUUUCUGUGGACGGCCGUGGGCACUUGCAGACCAUGGGACCCAGUCUGGUGGCCGGGCUGAUGGUGAGCAUGGAUGGCGAGGAGGAGCUUCCCGUGGCCCUGGAGAGAAGGGGAGCGCAUAACCCCCGGAGGCUGGUCCUCGGGCAACAGCACGAUCUCUCGUGGUUCCAGGUGAGUGUGGCUAGACCACCCCAACUGCAGGUCAUCUGCAGCCAAAACAUCUCGAUGGACCAGCUGUCAGGGCUCUGCUUGGGGGACAUGGCUGAGUGGCCUCUUGAGGUCUCCAUGGAUGUUCAUGACAGUGGCUCUGGCUUUGAGAAUUCUGGACGCGUCUCGGCAGGUCCCGCGUCUCUGAACUACUCUGUGGACCUCUGUCACCGCAAUGGGCACCUGCAGUUCUCUGGCUGGAGCGAGCACAACAGCCAGGCCCUGCUGCAGGCGGGCUUCCCAGGCGAGGCCCACAUCAGCGCUGCGCUGCACACUGAAGAGACCCAGACCCAGGCCCGUGUAGUCCUGCAAGGUGGAGACGGUGGGGUCAGCGUGGAUGUGACAGCCCUGGUGGUCCAGCCAAUGGAUGGCCCCCUGGAGCUGAUGGUCAACACCAGCCACACAGCACCUGCUCUCCGGAGGCUGGGCCUGCCCUUCGCCAGCCAGCUCGUGUGCCGGGAGCUCUGGGCAGAGGGAGAGGUGAGCUUAUCCCUGCAGCUGACGUGCGAUUCUCAAGCCAGCCUGGUCCUCAACAUCCAUGGCCAGAACCAGGCACUCAGGAAAGAGCUGCAGCUGUCAGUCUGGCAUCACCUCCCCAUCCUCCUAGGUUGCUGCCCCAGCAGAGCCUCAGCCUCAGCCAAGCUGCGAUACUCGGAGGGUGGAGCCGAGAGCACGUUUGUCUUGAGGAUGGAGGAGCAUCAUUUCCACGUUGGCACCAGGCUGGUAGCUGCCAAGAACAGUCUCGCCAACAUCAUCAAGCUGGAACAGACCUUCCCCCAGCUCAGCGCCCUUCCUGGGGAGCUGGUCCUGCAGACCUCAUACGAGCAAGCCCGUGGCACCCGUGUCCUGUACCACUCGGUGCAGUGGGACAGCCAGGAGGUGGCCUUCAAUGGGAGCCUCAACGGGAGCCUCUCCGGGCCUUUCCUCAAACCCACUGGGACCCUCGCCCUGCAGAUGGAACUGACCCACCCGCUGCCCCUCCCCCUGCCACGACACUGCAGCUUCCGCCUGGCCUCCGAGCACUCGCAACGUGGCCACCAGGAUGACCUGGUCAUGGGCUGGGAUGGCAAGGACCAGGUGGCGCUCUCCUCCUCUCUGCAGCUGGGGAAGGGCCAGCUGGCUGCCUGCCUGGCCCUGGCUCACCCCUUCAGCCUCUCCUGGCGGCGAGCUGAGGCCUGUGGCCGUGCGGAGAGCAGGGGCGGCAGGCAGAGCCGGCAGGUACAGCUCACGUGGGACAGAGGGCAGCCUGUGACCAUGCAGCUCACCUGGGCCGACAGGUCCUUGGCACACAGCACCACCCGGGAGGGUUGCCUGGCCGCCUCGCUGGGGCAGCUCCAGGAAACCUGGGGCCUGGGCGCCCUCAGGGCCUGUGGGGCCUUAACCCAGACCCCAGCCGGGUUCCACCAAUGGCUCCAUCUGUCCUGGGACCGAUGCCAGAUGCAGCAGAACCUGACGUACGAGAGGCACCAGCCAUCCGGCCCAGACAAGAUCCUCGCCGAGGCCACGCUGGAGCGCACCAUGGCCUCCUGCACCACACAGAGCUUCCGGGGGGCCGUGGAGACGGACUACACCCGCUGGCUGCGCCACUCCCUGCAUCUGGGGCUCUGCCACCUGCCCCAGGCCCUCUCAGUCUCCGGGGAGCACUCCCUGGGUGGCGGAGAGCUCCUGCUACAUUCCAGAUUCCAGCUGGGCCUUGCCCCGGACCCAGAGCACGGCCUGCAACUCGGCCUGACCCUCCACAACCACAGCAGGCCCCGGAUGCCUGACUUUUCCGGGGAGCUGGAGCUCUACGGCCCCAACGUUCAGCAGCUUAGCCUGCUAGGCAGGGUCUCCACCUCAGCUUCUCAAAGCUUGGUCCACCUGGAGGGAAGUGUGGACGACGGGGACGAGAAAGUAAUGUUGUCAGUGUCCCGGGCCCCAAACUGCCUCCAGGCCUCAGUGGCCCAUGCGGAAGGGAGUCAAGAGGAGAGCAUGGUGCUGCGGGCGUGUGCCCACAGGACGAUGACCGAGGUGGUGGCCCUGCUCCAGGACAGUGGGCAGCCUGUCCAGCCCCUGGGACACCUGACCCUGCAGGCUGCCAACCAGAGCCUCCGCUUGGCUGCACAUGGCUGCCAGGGGACCCUGCUGGGCCACGUGGAGUCCAGGGUGGCGGCUCUUGGGGCCCAGGUGCAAGCCCGGCUGGAGCAGAAGAUCCACGGCUUGGAUGCCUACGUCAGAAGGUUCCAGCGCCUGGUGCAGCCAGCAGGUGCCCUGGACAGCGCAACAGGCCCCCUGCGGCAGCUGUGCCAGGCCGGGCUGGGGGCCGUGCGGGAGAGUGGCCAGGCGCUGGCUGCUCUGUGGUCCCAGAGCCAGGCCAGGGAGGCACUGACACAGCACCUGCUGCCACACCUGGAGAGGCUGCAGGCGGGGCUGGAGCAGCUGCGGGAUGAGCUAGAGCGGCCCCUGGCCACCCUGAAGGAUGCCUACUUGGAGGUGACGCUGCGGCCCCUGGAUGACGUGUGGCGGGAGCAGGCCGAGGAGGCUGCGCGGCAGCUGCAGGCCUGGGUGUCCGGGACGCCGGGGACCUGGGGAUCCAGGCCCAUUGGGGCGGCGCUGGAGGCCACGUGGGGUGCCCUGGAGCUGGCCACCCCGCAGUUGCUGUCUUGGGCUGAAGCUGCACUCUCCCGGGCACUGAGGAGGCUCUGCAAACCCUUGCUGGACCUGUACCGCUUCUCCACCAGGGAUCGCUCAGUGGUGGUGACGCUGCCGCUGCUGCCUGCAGGGGAUGAGCCCCUGGAUGUGGCCCGAGUGAUCAGCCACCUGGUGGAGGAGAUGCUGCUGCGGCCGCUCCGAGAGCUUUACAGGACCAGCGUGCUGGCUGAGUACCACCGGCUCAGACACCACCUGCUGGGGAGCCCCACUGGAUACCACGCUGUGGUAGCUGGGGCCAGGCACCUGGUGACCUUCGACGGCCGGGUGUGGGGCCUGGGCGCCCGCUGCGGCAGCCUGCUGCUGGCCAAGGACUUCGCCCGGGACACGUUCUCACUGACGUUAAACCAGGCAGGCUCGGGGCUCACGUCCCUGACUGUGGAGCUGAAUCACACCGCCCUCGUCCUAUACCCUGGCCUGAAGACCUACAGGCUGUAUGGCUCCUCCCCGCCUGGGGUGCGCUGUCUGGACCUGGAUCUGCCUCCUGCCGAUACCAGGAGGGACGUUUCCAGGAUCGAGCUGACCAAUGAGGACGGUGUCUCUGUCACCUGUGACGUCCAAGCCGGCCUCUGCAGCCUGACUCUGAGCAUCUGGCAGCACGGCCUGUCCGCCGGCCUCCUGGGCACCAACGAUAACGAGGCAGGCAACGAGCUGAUGCUGCCGGAUGGCACGGUGGCCGGCAGCCUGGAGGAGUUCAGCCUGGCCUGGCAGGUGAGUGGUGACUGCGAGGCUGUGGAGAAGACACGACCCGCGUGCCCAGGACAGAGCCCCGCCUGCCGGGCCUUCUUCCAGGACCCCCGCUCCAGCCUGAGGAGCUGCUUCGGGGUGGUGGACCCCACACCCUUCCUUAGCCUGUGCAUCCAGGACCCCUGUGGCACCCAGGAGCACCCACCUGCCUGCAACCUGGCAGCCGCCUACAUCCACCUGUGUGCCCGGGGCUCCGUGCCCCUGGACCCUCCUCCCCAGUGUGAGGGAACAACCAGGUUCUUUCUCGUAGCUCCUGCCAAGGAGUCAGGCACUUAG